UUGAUUGAAUCCUCUCAAAAUCCCCACUUUUUCUCAUCUUCUUCUUCUUCUUCAUUCAAUCAAUCACAAAUGGGUCGAUUGUUUCUUGUAACGUUGGAGGGUAAGAUUUACAGUUGUAAGCACUGCAAGACCCAUCUUGCUCUUUGCGACGACAUCGUUUCAAAGUCAUUCCAUUGCAGACAUGGGAAAGCUUAUCUCUUCAGUAAGGUAGCAAAUGUCACAGUUGGAGUCAAGGAAGAUAGAAUGAUGAUGACAGGAUUACACACAGUAGCCGACAUUUUCUGUGUCAAAUGUGGAUCAAUUGUUGGAUGGACCUAUGAAACUGCCCAUGAAAAGAACCAAAAGUACAAGGAGGGGAAAUCAGUCCUGGAACGGUUUAAGCUUUCGGGCCCGGAUGGAAGCAGUUACUGGGUCAGUCAUGAAGCACAAAUCAUUCGAAGCGAACAAGAAGAAGUUUGAUGAUUGAUCUACAUUUAAAACAUGGAAAUUGUAAAUUGUAAAUUCCCCCACCCGCUUUCGUUUUAAUGUUAUCAGUGUUAAGAAGUUAAGGAUCGGUUCGUUUGAUGUGUCAAAUAUGAAAUUAUGAACUAAUUGUUCUUGUCAAUAAAAUUCAAGCUGAUUUGAUCUCUGAAUUUGAUCAUUGCAUCUUGAUCA